AUCACCACACGAUUUUUUUUCUGCAGUAACAAUGUAUCUUGCAGUCUUUGUAGUUGCAGUUUUUUUCAGUCAAUGCAAUUCCGUUGCAUUACCAAAAUACAUCAAACUGUGCAGCGGAAGUGACCCAAAUUUUGAUAAAUGCGGCCUACAAAGUGGCAAAGAAGCCAUCAAGCAUUUGGUGGCGGGCGAGAAAUCGUUACGUCUACUACCUUUAUCGCCUCUAAAACUGCCGUUUGUGCAAUUGGAGGACCGGCCUGAUUUCCAGUUGAACAUCACCGAUGCUGAAAUUAUUGGAUUGAACAAAGCCGAGCUCAUUGAUUUCCAUGCCGAUUUGGAUAAACGCGAGGUCACAAUUGUGGUUCAUUUGGAUGAAAUUUUGCUUAAAGGACAGUUUCAUGCUCAGGGCAGAAUUUUAAUUCUGCCAAUUAAAGGAGACGGCCCUGGAUCGGUCAAAGCUUACGGAGGUAAUUACACUUUUAUUUUUCAUUACGAUCUAGUCGAUAAAAAAGGACAACAGUAUGCCAAAAUUGACAAAAACGAAUUUAAAUUCACUAUUGAUAAAGCCGAGUUUGCUGUCGAAAAUGUAUUCGGGGAUCCGACAAUAGGUCGAGAAACAAACAAAUUUCUUAAUGAAAACUGGUUAGAGGUCUUAAAAGAUUUUGAACACGUUGUUGGCCAGACUAUUGGGAGCAUCUGUAAUAAUAUUGCCAGCAUUGUUUUUGAAAGAGUGCCAUACAAUGAAAUUAUUUUACCUUCCGAUUAUAUCAAACCGUGCUAUGUCACAAAGCCCGAUUUUAAUAAAUGUGCAUUGGAGCACGGCAACUAUGCCAUUCCAUAUCUCGUCAAAGAGAUUGUUUUAGGCGACAAACAACGGGGAGUGCCCAAGAUGAAUCCAAUGAAACUGCCUUUGGUCGAAGUGAUCGAAAGUAACUUUAGACUAGCUAUGAAAGAUUUAAGUGUUUACGGGUUGGAAAAUUCAACUCUGACUGAUAUUAAAAUGAAUCAAACAUAUCUUGAACUCACGUUUCAUGUCGAUAGACUAAUGUUUAUCGGACAGUACGAAGUUAAUGGGAAAAUUUUAUUUUUGUCCCUACAAGGCUCAGGGCCUUUUGGAGGUAACUUUAAAUUUAUUAGUAUUUUGCAAGAUUAUACUGAAGAAAAGGAGACUUUUAUAAAAUUCAACAAACCCAAAAUGGAGUACACUCUAGAAAGAGCAUAUUUUUACUUAGAGAAUCUCCUUGAUAGUAGCGACCAGCAAAUCGGGAUUGACAUUAAUAGAAUAUUGAAUGAAAAUUGGGAAGACGUUCUCAAAGACAUAGACGUUCCUCUGAAAGAAACAGUGACGACGGUGGUCGAGAUGAAAUAUCAGGUUUUGGUUUUAGUGAUCGCGCUUUUUUGCACACCUGUUGUGCCGCAGACGGUUCAAACUAGACCAAGUUAUAUUAAAUCCUGUAAUGAGAAAGAUCCAAAUUUCAAAACUUGUGCUUUGGAAAAUGCCAAUUACGCAAUUCCUUUCAUAGUCAAAGGUGAUAAACAAGUGGGUAUUCCUCGUUUAGAUCCACUUCACUUACCAUUGAUCGAAAUCGAACAUAACGAUUUCAAGUUAUCCUUGAAAGAUGUUCAAAUAUCUGGUCUCAAAAAUAUCAAAGCAACAAGUAUAGAUCUAGGGAGAACGGGUUUUGACGCAGUUUUUCACAUCGAAAAUUUAAACAUUAUUGGCACUUAUGAUAUUGAUGGUAAAGUUUUGCUCUUGACAUUAAAGGGUCAAGGCCCGGCAAAUAUAACAGCAGUCGGAGGUGACUAUCACGUCAAAGCCAAAAUAGAACCAUACACCAAAAAUGAAGUCGAAUAUCUGAAAUUUGUUGAUCCUCAGAUUGAUUUUACCCUAACUCGGGCUUAUUUCAAUUUUGAAAAUAUCUUGAAUGGGAAUCAAGAAUUAGGAUCAGAAAUAAACCAGUUGUUAAACGACAACUGGAAAGACGUUUUGAACGAUUUGGGAGCUCCAGUCAAAGAAACCGUGACCCGAAUUAUAGACUCUAUCGUAUCGAAAAUAUUAGAGCGAGUGCCAGCAAAUGAAAUUCUUUAGUUAGACUUCAAAGUGAUAAUAAUUAUAAUAAUUUUUAUAAUUGUACCUAUGUCAAGUUUAGAAACAAAUAAAAUGAUGUACUAUUUUUA